AUGAGAAACCACAGUGUUGUGUCUGAGUUCUUCCUCUUCGGGUUGUCUGCUGACCCCCAAAUGCAGGCUCUUCUCUUUGUACUUUUCCUUCUUAUUUACCUUCUGACCCUGAUAGGUAACCUGAUGCUUCUGCUGGUGAUCAGGGUUGAUUCCCAUCUUCAUAUCCCUAUGUACUUUUUCCUGGGACAACUGUCCUUUCUGGAUCUCUGCCAUUCCUCUGUCACUGUGCCCAAGCUGUUAGAGAACCUGGUGUCUGAGAAGAAAACCAUCUCAGUAGAAGGCUGUAUGACUCAAGUUUUCUUUGUGUUUGCCACGGGGGGCACUGAAUCCUGCCUGCUCACUGUCAUGGCCUAUGACCGCUAUGUGGCCAUCACAUCUCCUUUGCUCUAUGACCAGAAGAUGAACAGAGAGCUGUGUCUGGGGCUGGUGUGGGGCUCGUGGGGUUUGGCUUUUCUAGAUGCUCUCAUCAAUAUUCUGGUAGCUCUCAAUUUAGACUUCUGUGAGGGUCAAAAUAUUCACCACUUCAGCUGUGAAUUGCCCUCUCUCUAUCCUUUGUCCUGCUCUGACGUGUCCACAAGUUUUACUGCCCUUCUCUGUUCCAGCAUCGUGCAUUUCUUUGGAAAUUUCCUGCUAAUAUGUUUCUCUUAUAUUCGCAUUUUGUCCACCAUCCUGAGCAUCAGCUCUACCACAGGCAGAAGCAAGGCCUUCUCCACCUGCUCUUCUCACCUUACUGCAGUAGUCUUCUUUUAUGGCUCCGGAUUACUCCGCUACCUCAUGCCAAAUUCAGGAUCCACUCAAGAGUUAAUCUUCUCAGUGCAAUACAGUGUGGUAACUCCCAUGCUGAACCCCAUCAUCUACAGCCUGAAGAACAAAGAGGUGAAGGCAGCUAUGAGAAGAAUGCUGAGAAAAUGUUUCUAG